AUGGCAGAAGAGAACAGCAGCUUGGCGGCUCGCUCCGCCCGCGCAGCCAAAAGGUCACCUUCUCUGUGGCGGCUGCUGCUGCACUCGAAAAUAGAGAAUGACACUGAGGGUUUCAUAAGAGAUUUGCUGCAAGAAGAGGCUGGGAAGCAGCUGCUGCAGCAGCUGCUGCAUGCGGCAGCAGACAGCGGCUCGCUGGACCUGCUGCAUGCCGGGGAGGGUUCUUUGGAGGCGGGGCUGCGGCACCUGCCCGCGCUGCAGCUGCUGCUGCUGCAGCAGCAGCAGCAGCAGCGGGGCAGAGCCGCUGCUGGCAGCAGCAGCAGCAGCACCGCGCCGCCGCUGCUGCUGCUGCCCGCCCCUAAGGCCCCCUUCAGGGGCCAAAUGUUCCUCUGUGCCCACCGCCAAGAAGACUCAAAAGAUGCAGAGUUUGUAAUUAAAUUUGAAAAUCUUUUUCCACUUCUUGGCUCGCAAUUCUUUCCCCCCAGGCCCCACGCAGCCCCCAAGUCCUGCCACGCCGAAAGAUACAAGUCCCACUGA